GCGGGGUCCGCGGUGGCAGUGCGUGGGUGCGGGUUGCCUGGGCAGGUCCUGCGCUGCCCCUCCUCCCUCGCGUGGCCGCCCCAUCCCUCUGCCACCCUGGCCUGGGCUCUUCCUGCCUCUGCACUGGCUGGGCGGCUGUUGCUGUUUACCGCCUGCUCCGCGUCCCCAGCCCUUCCUUGGGGAGCCCUUGACUGUUGCAUACCCCACCCCCUUCCUCCCAGAAUAGCGCUUGGGGGAGAUUAUGGGGACAGGGUUCUGCGGAUGAAGCCUGGCGUAGAGAUGACCUCACAGGUCCCUGGCACUUGCCAGACACCAGCACCAUGAGCUUCGUGGCAUAUGAGGAGCUGAUUAAGGAAGGUGACACAGCUAUCCUGUCACUGGGCCAUGGUGCAAUGUUGGCAGUGCGUGUGCAGCGUGGAGCACAGACCCAGACCCGGCACGGUGUACUGCGGCACUCAGUUGACCUCAUCGGCCGCCCCUUUGGCUCCAAGGUGACUUGCGGCCGUGGUGGCUGGGUGUACGUGUUGCACCCCACACCUGAGCUCUGGACGCUGAACCUGCCACACCGCACGCAGAUCCUAUACUCCACUGACAUUGCCCUUCUCACGAUGAUGUUGGAACUUCGUCCUGGCUCUGUGGUCUGCGAAUCUGGCACCGGCAGUGGCUCUGUGUCCCACGCCAUCAUCCGCACCAUUGCUCCCACGGGCCACCUGCACACAGUAGAGUUCCAUCAGCAGCGGGCAGAGAAGGCUCGGGAGGAGUUCCAGGAGCAUCGAGUGGGCCGCUGGGUGACCGUGCAUACCCAGGAUGUGUGCCGCAGUGGCUUUGGUGUGAACCGUGAGGCAGAUGCUGUCUUCCUCGACAUCCCGUCACCUUGGGAGGCUGUGGGCCAUGCCUGGGAUGCCCUCAAGGUUGAAGGUGGGCGCUUCUGUUCCUUCUCACCGUGCAUUGAGCAGGUACAGCGCACAUGCCAGGCGCUGGUGGCCUGCGGCUUCACAGAACUGAGCACCCUGGAGGUGCUGCCUCAGGUCUACAAUGUGCGCACCGUCAGCUUGCCUCUGCCUGACCUGGGAGCCAGCACAGGCCCCCCUGCUGGCCCUGAUGCCAGCCCCUUCCGCAGUGGCACGCCCAUGAAGGAAGCUGUGGGCCAUACCGGAUACCUGACAUUUGCCACCAAGACCCCAGGCUAGUGGCUGCUACCUGGGAGCACCAGGGAGCUGGGAGAGCUGUGGGCCCCAGGCAAGGAAGCUAGAGGCCACCUUAUAUGGUCAGCGGAUGCUUGCUGGGCCUGUGUUCAGAAACAGAUUGUAGGGCAGGGCUUGGGCGCCUCCCAGGUUGCUGAGUGGUGGAGGGGCAUCUGUUCCCCUCACCCCCACCACUGCCCAGCCCCCAGCCUGAUCCCCAGCUGUUCUUUGUUGCCAAAACGAAGUCUGCACUGCCACAGGCUCUCCUGACUGUCGGGGACCAAGGAGGCAGGAUCUGAGCCCCUGCCCCAGUGGCCUGAGCAGGAAGGGAUGGAGGAGGGGCAGAGGCCCCCUGUCUGUGCCCCUACUGCUGUGGCUGCUCCCAGGCUCUUCCGUGGCCAAAGCUCCACACUGGUGUUCCCUGGGCGUGGCCAGAAGCUGAGAUAGAGCUGACUAGAGAGCCCUGCCCUACCCCUCUGCCUUCCCCAGUGCCGCGGGGGACCAGGAAAGGUGACCCUGCUCUCUGGCCUCCAGGCUGACUCCACAGCAUUAGGCACUGCCUAGGCCUAAUGUGUCCCCUCCUGUCCGAGGGGCAGGGUGUAUUCCCCAUUGGGCCAGGUCCCUUAAUGUGUCAUCAGUGAGGUCAUAUGUCACACAGAGGAACAGAGAAGGACAGUUAUUUGCUUCAAGUGACCUAGCAAGUCCGUGUUGGAGCUGGGGUUUGGACCAGCCUGGGCAUCCCAGACCUACAUGGGUAGCCCUGCCCCUCCCAGGACCCUGGGGCACUCAUCACUUUUCCUGCCAUGUGGCUCUGCACCUGGGCUCCCUGUGGUUAAUAGCAGCAUCAUGGGAGGACCAGCACCUAAGUCAGGCCGUGGCACAGCUGUGCAGCUGCCACUGCUGCAUGGAUGGCCUGAGUGUGUCCCCUAUGCUGGGGAAGGAACCUUGGGCACUGUGUGGCACCAGGCCAGUGUGUAUGACAACAAUAAACAUGCUGCUCCCAUGUGCUGACCGGUCCCCUGGCUGUGGAGAAGCCUCCCCAGCUCUGCCCCCCCCAUACCCUGCUGUUGCUUCUCCUUGACCUAGGGAGGGUGCUGGUAGGGCCCUAGGCUCCAGGACCUGGGAGCUCAGUGGACAAAGGGGUAUGUGGCCACUCCAAUCCAGCUCUGGGAAGGGCCAUUUGGGUGAGAGUUGGCUUUUAAGAACACUGGACCUUCCUCCACAGACCCCAGGCCUUCCUGGGUCCCUACAACUGUAGCUCUGCUCCAGGGGCCUUGUCCCUCUCUUUUCGGACCUGGCCUGACCUACCCUUACUCCUAGCCCCCAGGCCAGGCUCAACAUGAAAGUGGGUGGCCCCAGUGCCAGGAGCUCCUGGAGGGUCAUAAACUGGGCAGCCACUCCACCACUCACAUGGUGCUGGGCUCCCCCCAAGCCUGCCCUGCUUUGCCCAACCUCAGCUGCCUGGCCUUGGGGGAGUCUCACAGGUGAGGAUCAGGAGGUACUUUGGAGUACAGCUUUCCGUGAUUUUCAGAACACAGACUGCAAGUCCUGGAUGUGUCCAUUUUCCAGAUAGGGCGGAGGCUGGCAGCCCAGACAGUGGACCUGGUGCAUUACCAUCAUCUGUACUCAAAAACUGGAGGAACAGUGGGGACCAGGGUUCCUGUCCAUCCUCAGUUGGCACACAAGACCGGCCAUUCUCCUGAUCUGGGAUUCUUUUAGCCCCAGCCCUGUGCUGUACUGCUCGCACACAGGCCCUCAUGUCUUUCCCAGGCUAGCGGUCCACCCCCUGCCGCAUAGCCCUCUGGCCUCAGCUCAGCUUCACCCAUUCCAUGAACCAGCUGUGAACUUCUACAUGUCCUUCAAUACCCCACUCAAAUGUCCCUCAGCAUGCUUUCCUUGACCAUCUUGGUGCCACACCCAGGCAGAAGCAGCCUGUACACCCAUCAUUUGCUCUCAUGUGGCCUGUGCUGGGUAUUCUCGUGCUGCUCCUAUCUGGAAGCCCGACAGCAGAGUAGUAGCGGAAGCCAGGCAGUCCCCCAGUUCUGUAGGUAGGGAGCCUGACUCCCAGAGAAGCAGGGCUGGGGCCUGUGGCCAGUGACCAAUCAGGCUGCUGGUGGUCACCUUGAGUCAGCAGCACAGGCUCAUCACGGGGCAGGAAUUCACCGGGAAACUCCUACUUAGUGUCACUAACCUCUGGCCCUCUUUUCCUUGGGCAAAGGCACAUCUGACUCCCUGGAAAGCCCUGGGCCUGGCUCCAGCCACUUCCCCCAUGGAAGCCUCCUCCCGAGUCCCUGUGAGCUGCUCCUGGGCCUCAACCUUACCUCCCCUGAGGACCCCUGUCCCCAACCAAGAGUGCCUGGGGCCAGUCUCUGGGUGAGUGUAUUAGGGGAACCAUGCUAUGGGGACAUGCCCCUUAGAAGAAUGAGGAGAGCUCUGCUCCUGGUCUCCAUGGAGCUCUCCUGUCAGCCAUCUGCCAGGGUCCCCAGCCCACGGUACAAGUGGGGAAACUGAGGCCUGGGGAAAUGAGGCUUACUGGGAUCCCAGCCAUAGAUGGUCCCCCAAAAUGAUCACAAAGGCUGGGGUGGGUUUCUGAUGGGUUAUGGAAAGCUCUUAAGGACAGGGGGUGCUGGGUGGCUGGCGCCUGUGGCUCAGUGAGCAGGGUGCCGGUCCCAUAUACUGAGGGUGGCAGGUUCAAACCCGGCCCCAGCCAAACUGCAAUGACAAAAAAACAAUAGCCAGGUGUUGUGGUGGGUGCCUAUAGUCCCAGCUACUCAGGAGGCUGAGGCAAGAGAAUCGCCUAAACCCAAGAGCUGGAGGUUGCUGUGAGCUUUGACACCAUGGCAUUCUGUCAAGAGAGACAAAAUGAGACUCUGUCUCAAAAAAAUAAGAGCGUGUGCUGGCUCAGCACCUGUAGUGCAGUGGUUACAGUGCUGGUGACAUGCACCGGGGCUGGUGGGUUCAAACCUAGCCUUGGCCAGCUAAACAACAAAAGUAGCCAGGUGUGACUGUGCCUGUAGUCCCAGCUUCUUUGACAGGCUGAGGCAAGAGAAUCACUUAAACCCAAGAGUUUGAGGUUGUUGUGAGCUGUGCUGCCACAGCACUCUACCAGGGUGACAUAGUGAGACUCUGCCUCAAAAAAAAAGGGAAAAAAAAGAAAAGGGCGGCAACUGUGGCUCAAAGGAGUAGGGCACCGGCCCCAUGUGCCGGAGGUGGCGGGUUCAAACCCAUCCCCGGCCAAAAAACUGCAAAAAAAAAAAGGGGGUGCUUGUGCAGAAUGGGAAUAUGGGAGGGUGGGCAGCCUUCCAGGAAGGGGGCAGCCCAAGACAGUGAGGUGAGCACAGGUGAAAGGUACCCCAGAAACAGUGGGCACAGAGAGUGUUGUUUGCAAGGCUAGGGCCUGGUGCCUCACUGCCCAGGGGCUGUUGGGCUCACUGUCCCUGCCAUGGGGGAAAGGGGCACUUAUACUCAGCAGAAGUUGAUGAAAUCUGCUGUGUGCCAGGCUCCUUCCUGGGUGCUGAGGGCCUAUCCAGGGCAGCCCAGGCCUGCUAGGAGGGCUCCUAGGAACUGGACACAGAUCGGGGUACACAGGGCAGGUGAGACGAAGAGAGCAGGAACUGAGCCCCUAUGCUGCUGGCCACGGUGGGGGAGGGGCCCUUUCUGUCUCCAUGGCCCAUUUCUUGGACAUUGGAGCUAGAUUAACCUGAGGGUUGGUGGCAGAGACUAGCUUAGAGCUGGGGGUCCAUUGGCCCAGAGCCUGCCAGGCUGGCAGCAGGGUAGGGGGUGUCUCUGCAUAAGAGGUGGUGGCAAGCAGGGGAAUGGGACUGUGGAGGCCUGCCGGCCAAGCCCACCCAGUAUGCUCCCCACCAUGUCGAGUCUCAGCCCAGAAGAGCCUGUGUGGCCCAGCCUGGCGCCCGGGACGAGGGCGUUUCAAAGUCAGGCUGCCUCGGAAGUGGUGGCGGUAGCAGGAGAAUAACUUGACUCCCACCAGGCUGAGAAUAGCUCGGAAUUGGGUCACGCUCACCCAGCACUCCGGUCACAGCCUCCAGCCUUUGACAAUAAUCAGCUUUCUCCCAGACAUCUGUCCCUUUGGCUGGUGCAGGUUUUUACAAGGAGCAAAGUGGAGGGGCUGUGGGGGAGGGGCCUUCCUGCUGCCCUCUUCCUUGCUUCCUUUGUUCUCCCUGCUCCGGGCCUCUGUGCCAGGUCACCUCCUCCUUCCUGCCCACCCCCUUCUCCCCUCCACUCCCACAACCCACCAAUCUCCUGCCCCAGGCAGGAGAGGAGGCAGGUGGGGUCAGAUGGAGGUAGUGGGCUGUGCCUUGCCCCAGAGCCCUGGCCAGUCCUGUCCUGCCUCUCCUGAGGGUCAGGGUCCACAUACUACUGCCCAGAGUCCCCUCCUCUGACCCCCUCCAAACCCCUCCUGGGUUCUUCUCCCUUUUAAUGCAGAUAAAGGGGCAUUCAGGAGUAAGCCACCCUGCUUCACCAAAGACGCUGGGGACCCAUGUCUCUUCAGACCUCAAACUUCCUCUUGUUUCCUGCCCAUUUUUCCCAGAGUUUUGCCCUCCUCCUCCCAGAGUAGCCUUGAGAGGAUGGAAGAGCUGGGUGAUGUCAGAGGCCUUCACAGCCCGAGUCCAUGCUGCCACCAGAUGGUGUGUUAGGGUGCCAAGCCCAUCCUUGUGACAGCGUAGCAGGUACUACUUGCGGAGGUCCCAGCAUGCCUGCCAGGCACACUGUCUUCAGUUCUUUAAUGUUUACAGACCCACAAGGCACUACUGUUCUGGGUGACACCUUUCCUAAGCUUCAGCCACAGGCAUGUUCUUGAAAUGCCCAUGAAUCUGAGGUUCUGAAAAAGUCCCUGGACCAGCUGCUCUGUGUCACCUGGGAGCGCAGUGGAAAUGCAAAUUCCUGGCCUCACCCCAGACCUGAGUCAGGAACUUGGGCAGGGCCACCCAUGUUCAACAAGCCCUUCAGUUCAGAGUCACUGCUGGGAGAACCUGGAAUCUGUCAAACUGUUCCUUCCUCUUAAAAUGAAAAACACCUUUACUAAGGCAGCAGCAGUGCUGGGAGCUCCCUGCACACAAUGGGUCCGCUGUUUCUGAAGCCAAGUUGUCGUUUAGACAACUAAACGACUUGGUUUGGUUGGGUGAUUGCCUCAGAGUCCCCACAUCCUUCUCUUGUGUCCCUGACUCUCCUGAUAAACAGGAGGCAGCCUUGGGAACUGUGUGUGGACCUCUUUGGGCUCUGAUUUGCACAAACCGAAUGUUUUAUUUUAUAAAAUGGGACAACAGGAAAACUUGAAGCCUGUGUGGGUGUUUGUGAGUUUAAGGAAUGACAACACCUUUGGGUGUGUGGAUGGCCUCUGGAAGGGGAUGUGGAGGAGGGAGAAGGGGACAGAGAUGAGGCUGCCCUCAGAGUCCCUGGCUCUGGGGCCUGCUGGACGAUUGAUUCUCUCUGCUGAUGCAUUUCUUAACAUUUUCCAAAAUAAAAAGGUGUUUUUUUAAAG